AAACCUCAUACUCUACACAAACCAGUCGAGUCGCACAAAAGAACUAGUAGGGUUUAAAUUAAUCGAACAAGCGAAACGACAAUGGCGGCAACGGCGACGACCAUCACCACGGCAGCAACAGCUGCAGCUCCACGUCAGCUUUCCCAAAAGGAAGCCGACAUUCAGAUGAUGCUUUCGGCGGAGGUCCACCUUGGUACCAAAAACUGUGAUUUCCAAAUGGAACGUUACGCUUUCAAGCGCCGCAACGAUGGAAUUUAUAUUAUUAACCUUGGAAAGACAUGGGAGAAGCUUCAGUUGGCUGCUAGGGUUAUUGUGGCAAUUGAGAACCCACAAGAUAUUAUUGUUCAAUCUGCAAGGCCAUAUGGUCAAAGAGCUGUCUUGAAGUUUGCCCAGUACACUGGUGCUCAUGCUAUUGCUGGAAGGCAUACUCCUGGUACUUUCACUAACCAGCUUCAAACUUCCUUCAGCGAGCCCCGUCUUCUUAUCCUUACCGACCCCAGAACUGAUCAUCAGCCCAUUAAAGAAGCAGCUCUUGGAAACAUUCCCACCAUUGCUUUCUGUGACACUGAUUCGCCAAUGAACUAUGUCGAUAUCGGUAUUCCAGCUAAUAACAAGGGAAAGCACAGCAUUGGAUGUCUGUUUUGGUUGUUGGCUAGGAUGGUUCUUCAGAUGCGUGGCACUAUCCUUCCCGGCCACAAGUGGGAAGUCAUGGUGGAUUUGUUUUUCUACAGAGAGCCUGAGGAAACUAAGCCACAAGAAGAGGAAGAUGUGGUCGCUCCCAUGGAGUAUGCCCUUCCUGGUGCUGACUACAGUGCUGGUGCUGAUAACUGGGCUGCUAGCGGUGGUGAUGGAUGGACCUCUGAAGUCGCUCAACCUAUUGCUGCAGUGCCUUCCGCAAGCUGGGAACAACCACCACCAGCACAACAACCUGCUGGGGAUUGGGAUGCUGCAGCUCCUCCACCUCAACUUGCAGCCGCAGAAUGGGAGUGAAAGACUUGAGAAGUUUAUCAACUCUUGUAUUGCAUAUUUACCGUAAUCAUGAGUUAGAUUUGAAGGAUUAUCUACAGUUUUUUGGCGUCUGAACUUGUUUUGUUUAUUUGCUUUAAUUUUUUUGGUCAUAGCUUAGUAAAAGACAUCAAAUUUGAGAGAUUUUGACAUUUCUUGCUUCAAGUAGUAAAAUGCUAUAUUUUACGUGAUUGGUUCCAUAAGCUGCUAAAAGCAAUUCUUGA